CUCCCUCCCACCCUCCACAUCACACGCACACACACCUUCUCCAACCGCAAAGCCCGCCGCUGUGUGACAGGAAGCCACAGGAACGAUAUAGACCCAGCGAGUAACACACUCACACACACACAUACACUGAGAGAGCUCCUUCCUGACGGACUUUUUUCUUCUUGUCAUUCUGUGUGCACUAUAGCGACCGAGCCCUGGAUUUCCCCCCCCCCCCCCCGAGCAUGAAAAGGAUUGCCAGGAUUGCCCAAUUAGCCGCAAUCCAGCAUCAGCAGCAGCAGAAGCAUCGCCGUCACAGAGCACCGGAUGCUCCAGCAGAAGUUGUUGUCCGCGCAAGUCACACAGGGGGGCCGAGACUCGGAGGGGAGCAUCUGAUUUAGGUCUCCACAUAAUGGAGCGAGAAUGAACAGAGAGCGGCUGAAAAAAAAGCAUGAACUGGAGGUUUAUUGAGGUCAUCUGCUUCCUGUUUAUAUGGGACCAUAUAACAGUUCAGUCUUCCCGCCAGGACCCAUUGGCCACUGAGCAACAUGUUGCCAAGCAGUAUGACUGGCUCAUCUCCGACCGCGGACCGUUCCACCACUCACGCAGUUAUCUGUCCUUUGUGGAUAGAUUCCGCCAAGGAUUCACGACCAGAUAUAAAAUUUAUAGGGAAUUUGCACGUUGGAAGGUGAGGAAUACAGCGAUCGAGAGGCGGGACCUGAUCCGGAACCCUGUGCCGCUCAUGCCCGAGUUCCAGCGCAGCGUCCGCCUGCUGGGCCGCAGACCGACCACGCAGCAGUUCAUCCAUACCAUCAUUAAGAAAUAUGGGACCCACAUUCUCAUCUCGGCCACGCUGGGAGGGGAGGAGGCGCUGACGAUGUACCUGGCCAAAAACAAGCUGGACAGGAAGCUCGCCAAUGCCACUCAAAAUGUGGAAGCCCUCCACCAGCUGGCCUCCUCCUACUUCAUCGACCGUGAUGGCACAAUGAGGAAGCUGCACGAGAUCCAGAUCUCUACCAAUGCUAUCAAGGUGACAGAGACGCGCACCGGCCCGUUAGGAUGCAGCAGCUACGACAAUCUGGACUCGGUCAGCUCCGUCCUGCUGCAGAGCCCCGAGAGCAAGCUUCAUCUGCAAGGUCUUCAGGUGAUUUUCCCAGAGUACCUUCAGGAGAAGUUUGUCCAGUCAGCUCUGAGCUACAUUAUGUGCAACGGCGAAGGAGAGUACCUGUGCAGCAACAACCAAUGCAUCUGCCAAUGUGGCGACGAGUAUCCCCAGUGCAACUGUCCCAUCACCGACAUCCAGAUCAUGGAGAACACCAUGCUGGGCAUGGCUGAGUCGUGGGCGUCCUCCUACAAAGAAUUUGAGAACUCCGAUGAGUUCAAGUCCUUCCUGAAGAGGCUGCCCUCUCACUUCCUGCCCAUCAACAGCGUGCACUUGCUGUGGGGUAGCGACUGGGACCUGCAGGCUCGCUACAGGCUGCUCCAGAGCUCCCUAGAGGUCCAGCGGAUCAAGAUCCAGCGCACUGCCCGCAAGCUCUUUGGCCUCAGCAUCCGCUGUCACCACAAUCCCAACCACCAGAUGCCCAGGGAAAGGUCGGUGAUGCAGUGGCUCAACAGGGUCCAGUCUUUCCUCUACUGCAACGAGAACGGCUUUUGGGGAACCUUCCUGGAAAGCCAGCGAACGUGCGUGUGCCACACGGGUGUCACCCUGUGCCAGCGACCCAUCCCUUGCGUCAUCGGGGGCAACAACAGCUGCGCCAUGUGCAGCUUGGCCAACAUCUCGCAGUGCGGCUCAUGCAACAAGGGCUACAAGUUGUACCGCGGCCGCUGCGAGCCCCAAAAUGUGGACUCAGAGCGGAGCGAGCAGUUCAUCAGCUUCGAAACGGACCUGGACUUUCAGGAUCUGGAACUUAAGUACCUGUUGCAAAAAAUGGACUCCCGACUAUAUAUCCACACCACGUUCAUUAGUAACGAGAUCCGCCUGGAGACUUUCUUUGACCCUCGGUGGCGUAAGCGCAUGUCCCUGACACUCAAAAGCAACAAAAACCGCAUGGACUACCUCCACAUGAUCAUCGGCCUGUCCAUGAAGAUCUGUCAGAUGCGCAACAGCAGCAUCGACCCCAUGUUCUUCGUCUACGUUAACCCGUUCAGCGGCAGCCACUCGGAAGGCUGGAGCAUGCCAUUCGGUGAGCACGGUUACCCCCGCUGGGAAAAGGUGCGCCUUCAGAACACCCAGUGCUUCAACUGGACCCUGUUGCUGGGCAACCGCUGGAAGACCUUCUUCGAGACCGUCCAUAUCUACUUGAGGAGCCGAGCCAAGAUCCCCACCGGGCUCCGCAACGACACGGGUCCCGUCGAUCUGGCAGACCCAAACAAACGGCAGAUCUACAUCAAAAUAUCCGACAUUCAAGUGUUUGGCUACAGCCUGCGCUUCAACGCAGACCUCCUCCGCAGCGCCGUCCAACAGGUCAACCAGUCGUACACGCAAGGAAGUCAGUUCUACUCUGCGUCGUCCGUCAUGCUCCUGUUACUGGACAUACGGGAUCGGAUUAACCGUCUCGCCCCUCCCUCUGCACCCGGCAAACCCCAGCUGGACCUCUUUUCAUGUAUGCUGAAGCAUCGGCUCAAGCUCAACAACAGUGAAAUGAUCAGGGUCAAUCAUGCCUUGGACAUGUACAGCACAGAGAUACUAAAACAAUCAGAUCAUCUGACUGCAAAAUUGUGUUGAUCACUUUAAGAUGUCCAACGUAAGGACGGAGAACAACACCGAAAAAAUGCCCGCCAAUGAACUGAACCUCCCGGGUGGGCUCUUAUUUCAUUUUUUCUUUUGCCUUUUUCCUCUUUUGGACCUUUUCUGCCUUUUUGAUGUAACUCAAACUUUGUAAGCAUAAUUCGUAAAAAGAGGGGGAGGAAACGAAAAAGGCAUCUAUGAAAGGACGAUGUUAAUCGGAACUAACGUUAUAGGACUGUAACAUACGUGUCCAAGCAUGUCUGUCAUUCCUCCAAAGAACUUUGUCAAAGAGAGAGAGAUUUAAAAAAAAAAAAGGAUACUCACGAUAAAGAGGCCUUGAUCGGAAGGUUGUAUCUGAAACUGCCAUUCUUCUUUACCUGGGAUGUCAAAAAAGAAAAAAAAAAACAUUUUUAACAAAAAAAUAAUAAUCAAGCGGGCAGACCAGAUAUCUUUUAUUUCUGCUAACAUGCAAAUUAAAAAUGUUUCUAUACACCUUAAGGAUUUAAAAACAGCUCGAUAGCGUGUAACGUAACCAACGCAUUUAUUAUAGAGUCUUUAUUACUUCUCCAACCCUCGGCGAGUCGGUGAGUUAUGAAGCACUCGGUCAUCGUUCUGACAUGUAAGGCACACGCAGCAGGCCCGUAAUGGAUAGUCACGUCAAAUAACAAAAAGCCAGCUGUUUAUAUAUAUACCUAUACAGUGGAUGUGAUGGUGUGUGUUUGUCAGCACAUACCUUUUGACUUUUUGGGGGGCUCGAUAAUUAAUUGAAUGUGUCCAAUUUUUCAAUUCUUGCGUGUUUUUUUUGUUUUGGUGUGUUUUCACAAGGCAGUAACUUUCCCGCUGCGUGACUGCAUCAUUGUCGUGGAUUUAACAGUCGAUGCUAAUUUUGUACUGCUUUGCGUAAAACGGACAAACAAACAAAAAAAUAGUAACAAUGUUGUGACUGCUGGUUUGUGAAGCUUUUUCUUGAGCACCAAAAUGUUAGCAUUCAUCCAUGAGGCACGCUGACUAAAAGCCAUAGACGCCCCCACCCCUUCCACCCCAAAGCUAGAAUAAGGGUUGAUCACAACACGAUUUACUUGUCUCUCAGUUGAUUUGAGACAAAAACCCAGCAAAUAGUAUUUUGGCGAGCCACAUGUGCUGCAAAAAAAGAUAUUCACAUGUAAAAUCAUAUAUUUUAAUUUGGAAUAUUUUCACUACUGCCUGUAUUUUUGUUUUUAUUCCAUCCCAGAUGACUAAUGUAUUAAUCCCAUUUGUUGGACAUGGAAAUUAUAUUGUUUCUCUCAUGUGUUUUGCUGGUUGAUAUACCUGGUGACCUGGUGUCAUUAUAUUCUAUUGGCACAAAAAAGAGAUCCAGCUAAUUGCAAAACAAAUCUCUUGAGAUUUAAUUUUAUUUGGUUGUUGGAUCUUGCUAUAUAUUGCUGCUUCACUGUGAAUGAGACACAAAGUCUUGUGGCUAUUGCAGAGGCACAAAUUUCCGAAAUCCAUACCUAGAUUUGCAGUUUAGUGACGUUUUUUUUCCUAAUUUUGCCCGCAAUUAACAGUAUUUAAAGUGGACGUAACAUGGAAAAUUGACCUUUUAAUCACUUGUAUACACACAGUUGGUUUUCUGAUGUGCCUGUCCACUUGGUAAGUGUAAAUCAUUUGUGAGCUAUCUAUUUCUAAAAUGUGUCUGAGCAAGAUUUUAUGUAGAAUUUGCAAAAUAAUACCUUCACACUGAUUUUUUUUUUCCCAUGAUUUGGCAAGUAGGCUGAGUGACGACAUAACAUUUUUGAAUUACGAUGGACUAAACAUAACUAUUAUGUCAAAGUUAAAAGCUAAGCAGAGCAGGAAAGUUACCGCACAUUAACCGAAGCUACACAUGAGAGGUAGAUGAGACUAAUUCCAAACUUGUCAUCAAGGCUGCAAAAAAAAAAGGAUGAGAAAAUUGGUGAUACUUGAUGCCGAUCUUCGAACUGUUUUUAGUGGUAAAAAAAAAAACAUGUCUCCUUUAAUGUGAAUUUGUGAUAUCCCAUUGAUCCCAUAAUUGCUUUAUGUUAUCGGCUUGCGUGAGUCAAAUUCCACUUUGACUCGGUUAUCAUUUCACGCGGUAGACUUUGGAAAGUUUUCAAUGUUAAACGUACAAAGCUGUUAUGUAAAAGGUUCCAUCCGCCCCAUACAAACUAACAUUUUAGUGUCAUUAUCAUAUUAGUUUAUGCAACUCAACUACGAAUUUUCAGCUUAGUAGCAUGCUAAUAUGGAAAUGGUAAAAUGUGGCGAAACAUCCCAAGUGCAGCAUUUGCAUGCUAACAAUAAUCAUCUCUUAUAUAGUAUAUUAGUUGACUCUUCCAACACUGAAAGCAGGCGUCUUGACUAUUUAUGCUGUUUUUUUACUUUUCUUUGGCUUUUGUGUUCAAUGUUCAAAUCUCGCAGAUGCUUUCAUACGCGAGUGUGCUAACUGCUGAAACUGUGCCUGACUGCCUCCCGUGAGUGGAUGUCAAAUCAGAAAGUCGAGGCUUAUAAAAGACGCGGUAAAUACUGUUGGUCCCUGUUUCAUUGGCACUACAUUGGACAAUUCCCAAGAAAUUAUACCCUAUAAUUCUAUUAAAUUGAUUAUUCUUAUGAUUAAGUGCCUGUUAUUUAUCCCUUUAACAUAUUUAGAACUGGUCAAAAUAUCUCUCAAUGACAAUCUCCUGUUAAGGAGCUUUUGCUUUCUAAAUUAAAUUCUAUCCCCAGUUAUUCACGAUACUUUUUGCAGUACUAUGCUUGUUGCAGUAACCUAAUUAGUCCAGUGUAUUAGUGCAAAGUAUAGAGUGGUUCUCAUCAGGCCCAUCACACUUUGAGAAUGUUUUUGUGUUAUCGGGACCAUUUAACUUUUGUUGUUGAGCAACAGGAAGGUCCGUAAAACAUGCACGUCUAUGGUGUUUAUUUUGUUUUCUAUAUCAUAUACUGACAGCGUAAAACCAUUUGUAUACAGUGAAAUUACGCCAACCUACUUUAAAAAUGUGGCUAUUUUUCACAUUUAUGGGGGUGAAGUUAGUCAUUUUGAUUAAGGUGAGUGAUAUAUGGGAAUUUAAAAACUUUUAAGGGGAACCUCAAAAUGCACCUAAUACAUAAUGAAUGAGAAACUAAUUUUGAAUUUUGCGCCCAGACAAGAACAGUUUGCAAAUGUUCCGCUACUUGCAAUGUAUACAGUAGAACAAAUUUAACGGCAGUCAUUUACGCGUCUUGCAUCAUGCUAUGUCGUGUUGCUUACAUGUAUCCAUUAAAUGUGUCCUAAAAAUUUCGCAUCUAAUACCUUGCCAAUGUAAAUGUUUUUUUUUCCUCCGUUUUGUUGAGGUCAUAUCAGCUUCUUUCAAUGAAUGUUUCAUAUUAUAAUCUAUUUCUCA